CAGACUCGCUCGGCUCCAGCACAUCUUGCUAACCUAAUUCAGAAAACAAGUGCGACAGCUCGCUGCCUGUCAUCUUCGCUCAGUGUAGCAUUUUCAGGUGAUCUAGGAAACUGGGUUAUCUUUAUGAGCAAAUAAGAGAAAUAGGAAUCAUGAUGGAGAUGUAUUUAGCAGACCCAGUACUGGAUAAAACUUAAAGCCAGUUUCUAUUCAACAUAGUGAAAAGGUCACCUUGUCCGGCUGAGAAAAGAAGCAAAAUAGCAGCUUGUUGGUUUCUGUUAACAUCUUGGCUCGUGCCAGCCUCUUUUCCUUGAUGUUUGCACCAAUUUGGGCUAUCUAGCUAUAAAGAGAGACAUACUGUACUCAUGGUAGAUGACAAGGAAAAGAACAUGAAAUGUCUCACCUUCUUCUUGAUGCUUCCAGAGACAGUAAAGAAUAGGUCCAAGAAAAGCUCGAAGAAGACAAACACCAGCAGCAGCAGCGGCAGCAAGUUGCCCCCAGUUUGUUAUGAAAUAAUCACCUUGAAGACUAAAAAGAAGAAGAAGAUGGCUGCUGAUAUAUUCCCGCGUAAAAAACCAGCCAACUCCAGCAGCACCACUGUCCAGCAGUACCACCAGCAGAAUCUCAGUAACAACAACCUUAUUCCGGCCCCAAACUGGCAGGGUCUCUACCCCACCAUUCGAGAAAGAAAUGCAGUGAUGUUCAAUAAUGAUUUGAUGGCAGAUGUACAUUUUGUGGUUGGGCCACCAGGUGGGACUCAGCGGUUGCCAGGACACAAAUAUGUUUUAGCUGUUGGGAGCUCUGUGUUCCAUGCAAUGUUUUAUGGAGAACUUGCUGAGGACAAAGAUGAAAUCCGUAUACCAGAUGUCGAACCUGCUGCUUUUCUCGCUAUGCUGAAAUAUAUCUAUUGUGAUGAAAUUGACUUGGCUGCUGACACAGUGCUGGCCACUCUUUAUGCUGCCAAAAAGUACAUCGUCCCUCACCUCGCCCGCGCCUGCGUUAAUUUCCUGGAGACCAGCCUGAGCGCCAAGAAUGCCUGUGUACUUCUCUCCCAGAGCUGCCUGUUUGAGGAGCCGGACCUGACCCAGCGUUGCUGGGAGGUGAUCGAUGCCCAGGCUGAGUUAGCUCUCAAGUCUGAGGGAUUCUGCGAUAUCGACUUCCAGACUCUAGAAAGUAUCCUCCGCAGGGAAACUCUGAAUGCCAAAGAAAUUGUGGUUUUUGAGGCAGCUCUCAACUGGGCCGAGGUGGAAUGCCAGCGGCAGGAUCUAGCUUUGAGCAUUGAAAAUAAACGCAAGGUCCUCGGAAAGGCACUUUACUUGAUCCGCAUCCCCACGAUGGCCCUGGACGAUUUUGCAAACGGUGCUGCCCAGUCUGGAGUUUUAACUCUCAAUGAGACAAAUGACAUUUUCCUCUGGUACACUGCAGCCAAGAAACCCGAGUUGCAGUUUGUGAGUAAAGCCCGCAAGGGCCUCGUCCCCCAGCGCUGUCACCGCUUCCAGUCAUGUGCCUACCGGAGCAACCAGUGGCGCUACCGGGGCCGCUGUGACAGCAUCCAGUUUGCAGUUGAUAAGAGAGUGUUCAUCGCUGGCUUUGGGCUGUAUGGCUCCAGCUGUGGCUCUGCAGAGUACAGCGCCAAGAUUGAACUCAAGCGGCAGGGCGUUGUUCUAGGGCAGAACUUGAGCAAGUACUUCUCAGAUGGCUCCAGCAAUACCUUCCCCGUGUGGUUUGAGUACCCAGUGCAGAUUGAGCCAGACACGUUCUACACAGCCAGCGUGGUACUGGAUGGCAAUGAACUCAGCUACUUCGGACAGGAAGGCAUGACGGAAGUUCAGUGUGGCAAGGUGACUGUCCAGUUCCAGUGCUCCUCGGAUAGCACCAAUGGCACUGGGGUGCAGGGUGGGCAGAUCCCGGAACUCAUAUUCUAUGCUUGAAAACCCCUCCCGAAGCAGUGUGAGCUCUGAGGUGCACAUCUGGUUCCCACUCGCUUGAUGCUUAGCUCAUCUGCAGAUACGUGAUCAGCGCAGGUAAUUCGUAAUGAACGAAGCUGUAGGCAGUUUCUGAUUUCUUUCAGCCUUUUAAUUAUGUACAGGCAAAAAUGCAGCAUUCAGCUUUUAACUAUAUGCUUAAAAGAGCCAAGUUCUUAUUAAGGCUUUGUGGUUUUUAGAGUUGCGUCCAUACACCUGGGAAGAAUUUGUGCUCUUUUCCAUCUGCCCCACUGACCUCCCAGUUUUGUCCCUCUUAAAAUUUUCAGGAUCACCCUGAAUUUCCUUUAGGGCUUUAUUUUGACAAAUAGAAAUAAAUACUCUAAAAUAAUGAUAAGAGUUAUUUUUAAAGAGAACCCCCAACAGGUAAACCUCAGUGUACAAUUUUGAAGAAGUUUUGCUUCAUAAGUAAUAAUUUAGAAAGUAGGCAGUAGUUAUGUUUACCUCUUACUUCAUUUUAAAUAUUUUACUCUGGGCAUUAUUUUUUCUUAAAUCCUAAAUUCAUAAGAUUGUUAAAUGUUAAACACUGCAAAGUAUCCAUGUAAAAUGGGAAAAUAGGAAAUGGGAUGUUUGCUUAGGCCAUGACCUACUACAAGCAGGUUUUUAUUCUUUUAGUUUAGAAGACAAACUAUUGCAAUACAGAUGCUUCUUUUAGAACUAACUAAAUUACACAUUUUUAUUGUCAAUAGGGAAAAAUCACAGGCCUAUUAAUUUAAACUAAAACAGCUUAUAAAGGAGACCUUAAAAAGUCCCAUUCUACAAAUAGUUUAUUUCAUGGCAUAAUAGAAUACACCGUUUGAAAAAGCCAGUCUUCUCCCCACUUUGCUUCUGAUCCCCACUGUUUGCUUGUUUUUGUAAGUUAUACUGUAUAGAAUUCUUACUCCCUUUUUCCCAUGAAAAGAGGACCAAACAGUUCUUCAGAUGUAUGGAGUAACAAUUAGCUUUGUAGCACUACAUGUUAAUGUAAUAAGAUACUUUUAUUCAUUGAUUUUUCUUUUUUUUAAUCUAAAGUACACUUCACCAGAUCUACUUUGACCACAUACUAUCUUCUUCGUUAAUUAUAAUUAUGUCCUGUUCCUAGACUGCUAGAAUUUGGCCUUUGGCCAUCCUUGAAGUGCCAAUAAACGCCUGCAGGGUUUUAAAAAAAAAGGUCUGGAGCGAUAUACUUGAUUGUACGUAAUAUUCACUGCAUCAGCAUCACAUCCAGCCCUCUUAUUUGUACAUGGUUAAUGUAAACAAAGGAGGGAAAAGCUCAUCCCAAAAUUCUCCUUCAGUGAUGGCUUGUGACGGUUUUGUGCCUGUGACCCUGGUAGUGUCCAAUGUGUUCACUUCCAGUUGAAGCAUCCAUGUGUUUCUGGGCAGCUUUUCUGCUCAGCGUGAUCCUGAGAUGGCUUCCCCCACCACCCAGAGUGUGGUCCCUGGCCGCCUCCUUCUCCUGCUCUGCGAGUCCCAAGCUGGCUUGUCUGGAGCCAGGGGUUAGUCUUGGGGUGGGCGGGUGUGUGCGCGUCGUGGGCGUCCGUGCACGUCCAUGUGCAUGCAAGUGUGUUUGCCGACUCAGGAAUUGUCUCCUCCCUGCCUGGCCAGUAAGAGGUGGGACAGAAAUGGUCCCCCUGCUGGCCCUAGCAAGGCCCCAGGAAGUGACUACCCUUAUCUUAUUCACUGUGCUUCUGGGCCACCUUUUCCCCCCGUAGAUGUGGGCUUGUUGCUUUUGGCCGGCUUCCCUGGUAGAGGAGAACACUGGAUUAUGGGAAAUGUUUUAAUCAUGUUUGCCAUUACCUAUGCCUGUUAGCAUAGAUGAUCAAAAGCUGUUACUGGUGAUUGUAGAUGAGUACUCCCAGGACAACUUUCCAAAAUUAUCUAACAAUUAUUUCUUUAUUAGGAAGAUGACAGUAGUUUUGGCAAAGUAUCUAUGAAAUAAAGGUAUGUUUUCAAUUUAAAAAACACUUCUAUAAAGGAUUUUGCUUUUAAAUUAUGAUGAAACAUUUCAGUAACUCAUAGCUACCAUGCAAAUUGGUAGGCUGUAUACCUGAUUAGAAGGCACUCAUUUUUAAGCCAGAGGAGAAGAAACUUGAUUUAGCACUAAUGUCAUCAUCUCAGAUUGUUGAGGUGGGUGUGAUAACCUUAGAGUGAAGAUUGUUCAUUCAGUAACGCUCACUGUCAGUGCUCCUGUUAGCAAGAUGCCCUCCACAUGAGUAUGGAACUGCUGGGGGAAAGCCGAGGGAGAUUCUGUGUACACUGGGGGUAUGAGAGCUUGGUUUUAUGUUAAUCACCAUUAGCUAAAAAAGAAAAGACAUGUCCACCACCCGGUUGGCUGGUGUCGAGAGCUGUGGGUUAAAUUUGAAAAUUGUAUUUAGAAUAAGAAAUUUUGUAUUUUAAAUCCUGUUCUCCCUUUUUGCAUUUUCAACAACAUGGAAUGAAAGCUAACGUGCUUGCUUUAUUUUCUUUGGUAAUCUCGAAUUUUGUAGCUUUUAAAACUAGAAACCAUUGUUCUGACAAGGCAGGCAACUCUAGUUAGUGUAUAAACACAACUUUAUUAAACAGAAUACUCUUGUAGAUGCUUUUCCCAAUAUACCUGGCAGUCUUUGUUGUUGUUCAUACUGGGGAUAAAGGGGAACUAGGCUAGCCGUUCUAAUGUAACAUUCUUUAAGCAUAUCUUAAUAUAGUAUUUAAGUAAAUGGUCUAAUUUCUACAUAAUUAUUGCACUGAACUGUCUUUUUGUUUUUUAAGGUGUUUAAAUAAGCUCGGCUAAUUCAAGACACUAGCACUUGUGCAUCAGAGUGCUUGAAUUUAGUAGCUUACAGCAUUAUUUAUGAAGGAAAAAUAUAUAAAUAUGAAGUACCUCAUGUUGAAUGUUAUUGUACUGUAUUUUUAAUGUAACAGUGCAGAUCUUGUUAGACACAUGAAUGUGUAUAAUCAUGUUAAAUGCAAAUAAAAAUAAAAUUGGUUCAUA